AUGUCGCACAAUAUUGAUCACUUUAAGAAGACUUCACAAGUUGUUGGAAGACCAGAAACAACAAGUCACAACAUUGCAGAUGACUUAAUGAAGGAAGGUCCACCGCUUAAUCUCGAGGAACCACCAAGAGAUGCAUCUCACAGUAUUGAGCAUAACCUUGCCAAUAAACAUCGUACAGCUAGACAAGCAUACAAUGAUCCACGUCUGGAAGAUACUGCUGGAAGUAUUGGAAAGAAAUACCACAAGCAUCCUCAUGAUAUAGCCGACGAUCCUCGUCUUGAUGUUGACCAGAUCGGUAGACAAUCAGACGUAUAACGAUUUAGCGACGCACUUUGUUAUAAUUCUAACAAUCUAAAUUAACG